GUAGUGAACUUGUUCAUCUUUUGUUUUGCGAAUGUAUACUCCCUAGGUACAGUACUCACUUCACUCACUCUUCUUUUUGAGUGAAACUCUUUCUAUACUUGAGUUUGAAAGAAAAGACCACGAGACCUUUGUUGAAAUUGCACAUCUAAGGUUAGUAAUCUACUAUACACGCACAUUUAUUUAUGAUAAUCCUACCUUGCAGUCCACACCGCCCAGCCACAGCAUUUCAUCAGAGGGGGCAGAAUUCUGACCUAUCCGAAACUAUUCUUCAAAACGUGGAUAUUCAUUGACUUGUAGAAACAGUCAACAUUUUUCACAAUUGAAGAAUUGAUUUCUUGAUUAUUGGACCAAGAGAAAAGGAGAAUUGACUCGGAAGAUCAGAUCCCUUGAUUUUGGUCAUCACUACGGAAAAACUCGUACCACGGACCCUGCCUGAUAACAACUCAUAAAGGGAAUUGGAAAAAGGGACUGAAUGGCUCAUAUAGAUCAGUUAUUGUUCGAUCAACGGAGCUGCAUUUCAUUUUUCAUUAGAUAACCCAGGUGGUUUCAUUCCCUACCUACCUACUUUUUACCUUGAAUCUCUUCUUGUUAUACACAGCUGCGCAAACAUACACAAAAGUUCAAACGGAUUCCAUACACCUGGAAACUCUUUCACAAUGAAGUUCGGACGCACGUAAGUUCUCUCCAUUUUACAUGAAACCACCACAGUAUACUCAUAUCUUUUAGUCUACCUGCUUCUCAGGUCCCGGAAUGGUCAUCAUCAUACAUUAACUACAAGGGCUUGAAGAAACUUAUCAAAGCUGCUGCGAACGCCGCGAAGGAUGGAAAGAAUGUUGAUUUAGCAGGUGGGAUUGUUACGUCAUUCCCUACAUACUUUCAUUGUUUUAACAAAUUCCGGCUUCAGAAUUCUUCUUCUCACUCGAUCGAAACCUCGAAGAUGUUGAUGCGUUUUAUAAUAAGAAAUUUUAUGAUUCUUCCCGUCGACUUCAUCUCCUCCAGCAAAGAUAUAGCGAUGCGAAAGUCUACACUACACAGGGACUGGAUCGUAAUGAAGUCGAGGAGUUAAUGGGAGCUCUUCUUGAGCUUAGAUCUCAAUUGAGAAAAUUACAAUGGUUUGGUGAAGUAAAUCGUAAGGGUUUCCUCAAGAUUACGAAGAAAUUGGAUAAAAAGGUACCAAAUGCUUGUACGCAAGCAAGAUAUAUGGCUUCGAAGGUCGACUUGAAGCCUUUUGCAGCGAAUGUUGCUUUAUCCAAAGCCAUGAAAACGACAAAUGAUUGGAUUGCCGUUUUGGGGGAGAAGAACAUCAAUGAUGAUGCCCUAUCCGUUCAUUCUGCACAUUCAAUCAAGAGAGCGUCAUCAAGAUCCAUCCUUAAUUUACCCAGCGCGCUAGUCGAUACAGUCGAUCAGGCUAUUAGGAAUGACGAUCUACCAACCUUGAACGAAGCCAUUGCCGGAGCGGGCUUUGACGCCGGUGAUCAAUCAAUGCAAAAGCUCUUCUUGAACUUAUUGCAACGAUCCAUGUCUUGCAAGUCCAAGGACUCAAUUAUCUACUUUUUGAAGAUGAUAAAUUCUCUAGAUGAACCAGACGACAUCAAUGAACGAAACUGUAUUCAUCGCUUGGUUAUUUCUAUCAGUCGUUCAAAAGCCGCCGAGAAGUCACAGCAAAAGGAGCCAGAGAGUCUUUCUUUUGAAGAUGCUGAUCGCUUCAGAUUUAUUACGCCAGCCCAUUCACCUGAUCCAGGACCAAAAUCGAAAAAACUCCAAGAGUCAACACUUUUAAGUUUAGAAGAUGAGUCCGUCAAACUUUUAUCUUUUGUUUUGAGCAACUUGGAACCUCACCAGAGGUCAGCAUUAAAAGGCAGAGAUUCAUAUGGUCGUUUUCCGUUACACUACGCUGCGGAGUUUGGUUUUGUUGUCAUUUGUCAAUUGGUUAUGAAAUUCAUGCAAGAUUGGGGUCAAUUCAAUGUUGAAAAUGGAAUUGAUGCGCCAGAAUGGCAAGAUGCUGAAGGUUUGGCACCUCUUCAUCUUAGUGUGAUUGGUGGCCAUGCUUUGACAACCAAAGCUCUUCUUGAUGGUGAAAAUUGGAAGGGUACCAGUGAUAAUAAAGCUGCCAUGAGACGAGAUAUUGCCAAGUCAAGUGCAGUUCUUGCUUUGGCUACAAAAUCUAACUUCAAGAAAAUUGUUGAACUUCUUGUCGAUGCUGGAGUUGAUAUCAAUUGGAAAGAUGCAAACUCGAAUAAUGAAACUGCCUUGCAUAUUGCAGCACGAACUGGUCAUGAGGAGUGUGCAGAUAUUCUUCUUCAAGGAACAGUGGAUCAAAAAGCUGACUUUGAGCUAACCGAGAAGGUCUAUUCUUGGACACCAUUACACGUUGCUUCUGUUGAUGGUCACCUCGGUAUCGUGGAACUAUUAAUAGCAGCUGGUGCCGAAUUAUCAAAAGCUGAUGCCGGAGGGUGGACAGCUAGAGAGCAUGCAGCUUUAAGAGGUCAUAUGGAUAUUGCAGAAAGACUGGCAUUUGUUGAAAUGGAGAAAGGUACUUCCGGGAGUGACAAGUCCACACAUAGUGACAGUGGCCCUUCAUCCCCACCUAAAAACUCUUCGAUCGAAACGUUUCGAUCGCAGAGCUCAAACCCUCCUCGAGUUACCGAGCCCGUUAAGAGUUUUGGUCAUCGAUAUCUCACAAAUGAAAGUAUGGUUCUUGUCAGCCUUGGUUCAAUGGAUAUGAGGAAGAAUAUCCCAGCAGUAAAGUUGGAAAAUAUUCCUAUCUCAGAAGCUCAUUCCACUCAACUCGACACUGCUUUAUCAAUUGUGGUUUCCGCAAAAGGGGCCACAGGUGAACCUACUAUCAUUGAUCUUCCAAUUCACGAUAAUAUUGCAACUGAUCCUAUCGUAUUCACAACCCUAGAUGCUUCUAAGGUCAAGCUGUACUUCGAUAUCGUACCAACAUAUGCUGGGAGUGAAAAGCAUAAGAUUGGGAGAGGAAUGGCAAUGCUGUCUAGUAUUAGACCUACGAUUGGCUUAAAACGCAUGAACCUUCAAGGUGAUGUCACUAUCCCAAUCAUUUCCAAAGAUACUUUGGAGGAUAUCGGAACUGUCAGCUUCAACUUCCUUGUUAUUACACCGUUUUCACAUCCAGAAAUGGGAGUUACCGCACAACAAACAUAUUGGAAGGAAUUAUCUUCAACAAUGGUCAUUGGUCACAGAGGCCUUGGCAAGAAUACUUCUGCAAACAAGUCACUUCAACUUGGUGAAAAUACUUUACAGUCUUUCAUCGCAGCUGCCAAUCUUGGAGCUAAUUAUGUUGAAUUUGAUGUUCAACUUACAAAGGAUCAUGUUCCUGUCAUCUAUCAUGACUUUCUCGUUUCGGAAACUGGAAUUGAUGCACCAGUUCAUACUCUCACGUUAGAACAAUUUCUUCAUGUCAACGAAACUACAUCUCGUUCGACUCGCCCUCCAUCUCCUCCGAAAGAUAGUCCACGAAUUCAGUCCAUUAAGAGAGGUAUGGAUCGUCAACGAUCAUUGUCUCUAGGCGAAGACAUGUUCGAAAACGCAAUGGCAGAAAGAAUGAAACACACACGCGAUUUCAAGCAAAAAGGUUAUAAAGGCAAUACCCGUGGAAAUUUUAUCCAAGCUCCUUUCACCACUCUCGAGGAAAUGUUCCGUGAACUUCCUCAAAAUGUCGGUUUCAAUGUUGAAAUGAAAUAUCCUAUGCUUCACGAGACGGAAGAACAAGAAAUGGAUACUUAUGCUGUGGAACUUAAUAGUUUCUGUGAUACUGUCCUUACAAAAGUGUAUGACAUGAAGCAAAAACGAAAGGUCAUUUUUAGUUCGUUCAAUCCGGAUAUUUGUUUACUUUUGUCAUUCAAACAACCAAGCAUUCCUAUUUUAUUCCUCACGGAUGCUGGUACCAGUCCAGUAGGAGAUAUCAGAGCUAGUAGUUUACAAGAGGCAAUUCGUUUUGCUAGUAGAUGGAAUUUAUUGGGGGUGGUUAGUGCAGCAGAACCAUUGUGUAAUAGUCCGAGAUUGGUAAAGGUGGUUAAGGAUAGUGGAUUAGUUUGUGUUAGUUAUGGUGUUUUGAAUAAUGAUCCUGUUAAGGUUCAGGUAUGUUUUGGCUUAUUUCUUUCCCUCCCCUUGCCUUGCCCUGUUUUCUCCUCUUUCCCGAGCAUCCCUCACAUCAUCUAUAAUUUUCUUCAUAUCUACAUGAGUAUUUACUAACAGCAAAAAUAGGAACAAGUAAACGAAGGCAUCGACGCAGUAAUCGUAGAUAGCGUCUUGAAAAUCCGAAAUGGUUUGACGAAGAAUGCUAAGGGCUCUGGUGCUGUAACGCCUGCUUGGGCAGAGGGUUUGUUGGGUGGUGUUAAGCUGGAUGAUAAGUAAAGUACAGAUUUGAAUAUGGAUGGAUGGCUAGUUUGAGAGACGGGUUUUCUGGGGUACGGGGUUUAAGCAGUUUUUUGAGCGGGGCUUGGAAGUUGAUAGAGGUUGGGCGAGAAGAGGUGAGGGGAGAAAAGAAGA